AGGGCCGCUGCUCCAAUGAAAUCGCUCGACAUAUUGAGGUUGUCAAAUCAAAGCCAAAGAGGAGGCGCGGUUCACGUCGUCGUCGGAGUGACGUCAUGCACAAACAGCUGGUCGCUGGCUGAUAAUCAGAAAAAAUGUAGACCAGGAGAGCUCCUCAGACCUGCAGCCGGGCUGGAGCCCUCCUCACAACUCGUUCGGCUUUUAACGAUGUUGCAGCUGGAGCGCCAGGGCUGUGGAUGUAGCCCUCCGAGGCUCCUCUUGCUUGUUUACACCUUUUUCUGCGCUGUUGGAGAUUGCCUUUUUGUGACUGAUUACUUCACCCGUACGCCUCGUAAGCUGAAUGCUUUCAACUCCUUUGCCAGUGUGGAGCUGUUCCACUUCAAUGUGCCUGAAGACACAAUGAUGGCCGUCUGGAACCUCAUCACCUUCAAGGAGCAAGGGGGCACAUUUGGGGACAGCUGCCCAAACCGCAAUGUGACAGUAUAUUUCAGGUCAGGGGCACCUCCGGUGAUCAAUCCCCUUUACACCCGCUUCCCUCAAGAUACAGUCGUCCCGGGGUCCUUCGCUGUGACCUUGACCUGGACUCUUCCAAACCGAACAACUGGAGCGUUCAACGUGACUAGCCCUCUCCCUGGAGACUGGUUCUUAGCCGCACAUUUACCCAAAGAUGAGGGCAAGAUCUCAGUCAAGGGUCUGUCUGAGGAAUGCCAAUAUCUGUUCCAGCCUCAACUCAUUGUCCAGAAGCUGAUUGGAAUUUCCGUACUUUAUCCUGGGUACUUUAUUGAUCAGAUGAUUCCAAUCCAUAACAGAUCAGCACUUUACAAGGUUUUCAUUCCUAAUUAUGUAUCGAAGGUAAAGGUUCAGCUGGUGAACUGCAGCACCAAAAACAAAAGCAGCGACACUUGUCCUGUGGUGCUGAAGAUGAGAGCGCAGGCGCCGCCGGUGCACAACUCGAGUGCCCUUGACUGCAGGGAAUGGAACCCGUGUGAAUUAGUCACCCUCGUACCUGCCUGGGAGCAAUGGUACUACAUCCUUGUUGAGAGGUAUCUGAGUAACUCCGACGUCUACUUUCGCAUCGGCGUGCAAGUGACAGAUUGCUCUAAACCGAGUUCAUCAAAGGAGCGAGCACAGUCCAGUUCCUCCAUGAACAUGCCUCAGUCUUUUGGAACAGCAAUGGGGUUCUCCCUGUCUGACACCCUGCUCAUGGCCUCACUGCCCUCCCUCUCUCACAAUGCAAGUCACCUGCACACCUCGGAGGACAGCAUCAUUUACCUUCCCCCGACAGCAGACACCAACAAAUGCUGGCCCAUUCGCCCAACCCUGCGUAACGAACUGGAUACCUUCUCUGUGCACUUCUACGUCUUCUUUGGUCCAAACAUCUCCAUUCCACCAGACCGGGCUGCUGUGUUUGCCAUCAACCUGAUGCCUGUUUUAGACAGCGGUGGGGUCCUUAACAUGGAGCUCAAAUUAAACCUGUCUUCGCUAAGAGGAGCAAAUUUGACUGUAUUCGGCUGCCUUAAUCAUGGAAUGCCUCUCUUCCUGAGAGAAAAUUCGUCACUGAAAUGUGAAUCAGAAUCUGUUGCUGGGUUUUUCCUCUCUGUCAACAUCUCCUCUAACGUUACCAAACUCAGAAUUCCCUACCCACAAACAGGAACCUGGUACCUCAGUCUGCGCUCUUUAUGCGCCACUGUACACGGGUUUGAAGGAUGCACCAAUGUAACUGCACUGGUAUAUAUGCGUGCUUAUCUGACUCCAUGCAUCAAUGAUUGUGGGACAUAUGGACAGUGCAAGCUCCUACGAACCAACAACUACCUUUAUGCUGCAUGUGAAUGCAAAGCAGGCUGGAAUGGCUGGGGCUGUACCGACAACUCUGAAGCCUACUCUUACAGCUUCCAGCUCCUCUCCACCCUCCUGCUCUGUCUCAGCAACCUGAUGUUCGUUCCACCUGUGGCCAUCGCUAUUCGAAGCCAAUACCUGCUGGAGGCUUCAGUCUACAUCUUCACCAUGUUCUUCUCCACGUUUUACCAUGCAUGUGACCAACCUGGUAUUGUGGUGUUUUGCAUCAUGGAGUACGACGUCCUGCAGUUUUGUGACUUCCUUGGGUCACUUAUGUCAGUGUGGGUCACAGUCAUUGCCAUGGCAAGGCUAAAAUCUAUCAUCAAACAGGUGCUGUAUCUGCUCGGGGCGAUGUCUCUGUCAAUGGCUCUGCAGCUGGACCGUCACGGUCUGUGGAACCUGCUGGGACCUAGCCUGUUUGCACUGGGCAUAAUGGCUGUGGCAUGGACGGUGCGGACCAUUCGCCGCAGACGCUGUUACCCGCCCACCUGGAAGCGCUGGGUUUUCUUCCUGUUUCCCGGGACCAUGAUUGCCACAUCAGCGGUGGCUCUGUACGCCUUCGUAGAGACAGAGGAGAACUACUUCUACAUCCACAGCAUCUGGCACAUGCUGAUUGCAGGGAGCGUCGGCUUCCUUUUACCGCCGCGUGCCAAGCCAGAGGUGGCCAAGGUGACCCCGCUGAAGCGUAAGCGGGGCUGCGGCUAUCAGCUGUGUGUGAAUGAACACGAGGAACUGGGCCUGGUUGACCCAGGCAUCAUAACUAUCAACAGCAUCUGUACCAGCUGAUAACUCCCCAUUCACAACUUUUUACCUUACAAACACUUCAUUGCCUUCUUUUACUGCAGAAAUUCACUCAUGGAAAUGAAGCCACAAAACUUUUAAAAAGGAGGAAUGAAAAAAAAAACAAUGUAAAUACUUAAAUCCUAAUGUGACACUAAAAUUCCUUCUGUUGUAAUGGUCAUGGUAAUGAUAUAAUUAUUAUCUAUAGCUAAAGUUCUGAUGAAUUGUGGGUAUAUAGUGACAAACUGUUGUUUGUGAAUAUGUAUUUAAAGUCAAAGCUGAAACACUGCUGCUAUCUGACGGUGACUGCAAAUCUGCUUCUGUUGGUUAUUUAUUGCUGGUCUUGUGAGCAGGCUAAGGACUGAGGUGUGCGAGGGUGGGGGUCACAGGUGAACGGUGACACGGAUGGACUUCUACAAACGGCACGGCUUUUGUGAAAUCCUUUUAAGAUUUAUCUUUUGCACUGAGACACAAAAUGUUAGUCUGUACAUUUUUAUAAUACAACGGGCGUAACAAAUGUAAAACCUAGUUGUCAUGUGGAAUGUUAGAUCGUCUUUUGCAAAUGCAAUGUAUCACUUUUACAUGAAUGCGUUGAUUUUUGUGGAUAAAAAAACCCAAAGUUCUUGAAAGAAAAGAGGUUGUUAUACUUAAAAGAACUGUUUUUUUUUUUUUAGUUUGGAUAAAGUUGUAUUGGGUACUUUUUAGUCAGUAUCUUACCUGCAGUUGACAGCAUUCUGAGUGACCUCAGUUUGGAGAAUUAGAGACAUUUUACCAAAAAGAGUUAAUUCUUUACUAAGACUUUAUCCAUCAAUUCUCGUUCCACAUAAAUGUAAAUAGAUUUGCUUCUUAUUCUAUCACACUAUUGCACAUUUACCUUGCAUUCAGAUUCUAUGUGAAGUUAUAAUUUACUUUUUGUCAAAAAAAUCCAUUUCACAAUUGUCACAAUCCUGAGGUGCAAUAUAUAAACAGCACAUAAUUACUACUGCUAAAAACAGUAUAUAUAUUCUAUGCUAAUGAAAGAGCAAUGACAAGAUAAUUACCUUAUCAAAUCUCAUAUAAUUUGAUGCAGAGCCUGUCUGCUCUGAAAGUUAAAUUGUCUCAUCUCACUGUAUGUUUUAGGGUCCUGCAAUUGGACCAAUUUUCUAAUGACUUCAUUGAAAUUUUAUCUAAAUUAUGUUGUCAAUGAUCCUAUGAAGUAUUAAUCUUUCAGCCCAAGGUGGUAGUACAUUUAACACCUUUCAUUCCACUCCACGUGCAAAUUUAUGUAAAGGGGCAUUUUACAUGAGAUACACACGACUUAAAAUUUCACACAAAGCACUUUAUUCACUUACAUUUUAGUUCAGCUAACUACUGGUUUUACAAUUGUCAAAUGUUACAGCAGCUGCUCAACUCUUGUGCACUGCUCUGAUUGAUCACUCUCCUGAUGUACAAAAGUCAAAACAGCUGGAUUUGAUGGAAUUCAGUAAAAAUAUCAAACGCUACUGCUUCAAAAAAAAAGGCAUGGUUUUAUAGUGAGAUUAAAAAUUUUAACCCAUUUGAGAUCAAACGGCUUUUUUUCUGCAAUGGUGUCCAAAGGGAGAAUUUUGGUGCUAAUUCAUUCAUGUUUUCAAAACUCAUAUCACCAUGGAACCCAAAUGUCCAUUGUAUUUAUUGAAAAUCAAUUAACUUUUUGUGUUUCCUUUUCUAAUAAAGAGCAAUUAAAAAGAUUAAA